AGGGCAGCAGAGUAUCUCCGGUGCCUCACUGACCCUGUUCUCCCCCUGCUGCAGUGCACCUUCCGUCUUCCUGCCUCACCCCGGUCCCAGUCCGGGUUCCUGCUCCCACCUCUGGAAAUAUGUCCGAGGGAGUAGAUCUGAUUGAUAUCUACGCCGACGAGGAGUUCAACCAGGACUCUGAGUUCAGUAAUGCUGAUCAGAUGGACCUCUACGACGACGUGUUAGCAGCCAGCUCGCAGCCCCCCGAAAGCCGCACCAGCAGCUCGGAGGCACCCCCGGAGAUCCGACAGGAGCCACCCCCCAAGCCCAACAGCAAAUCUCCCGCCAUCCUGUACACCUACAGCGGGCUGCGCAAUAAGAGAGCUGCCGUCUAUGUGGGCAGCUUCUCCUGGUGGACGACUGACCAGCAGCUGAUCCAGACCAUCCGUUCGGUUGGUGUCUACGAUGUAGUGGAGCUGAAAUUCGCAGAGAACAGAGCCAACGGCCAGUCAAAAGGGUACGCAGAGGUGGUGGUUGCCUCUGAGAACUCGGUUCAUAAACUCCUGGAGCUUCUGCCUGGCAAAAUCCUCAAUGGGGACAAGGUGGAGGUGAGGCUGGCAACCCGGCAGAACCUGUCACAGUUCGAGGCGCAGGCUCGCAAACGUGUGCCGCCGAGGGCCCACUCCCGAGACUCCGUGGACUCAGUGGAUGGCCGUGCCACGCCGACAGAGAAUGCCUUGCCGCCUGCCCGUGUGGAGAAACCCCCCUCUGUCCUGCCUUUCUUCAACCGCCCCCCCGCUGCCCUGCCCCUCAUGGGGCUCCCCCCGCCGCCAAUGCCACCCCCACCACCCCUCUCCUCCGGCUUUGGCGUCCCCCCGCCCCCACCUGGCAUCCACUACCAGCAUCUCAUGCCCCCGCCGCCUCGACUGCCCCCCCACCUGGCUGUGCCACCCCCGGGAGCUGUCCCCCCUGCCCUGCACCUCAACCCCGCCUUCUUCCCCCCACCCAACGCAGCCCUGGGUCCUCCACCAGACACCUACGGCAAGGCAGUGGCCCCCUACAACCACAGCAGCCGGGAGCUCGGCCCGCCGCCUCCCCCUGUGAGCGAAGUGGAGUUUGAGGAGAUCAUGAACAGGAACCGAGCGAUCUCCAGCAGCGCCAUCUCCAAGGCAGUGUCUGGCGCCAGCGCAGGUGACUACAGCGACGCCAUCGAGACCCUCCUCACGGCCAUCGCUGUCAUCAAGCAGUCCCGCGUCGCCAACGAUGAGCGGUGCCGCGUCCUCCUCUCGUCCCUCAAAGACUGUCUGCACGGCAUCGAAGCCAAGUCCUACAGCACGGGCGCCAGCAGCAGCUCCUCCAGGAAAAGACACCGAUCUCGGGAGCGCUCUCCCAGCCGGUCCCGUGAAAGCAGCCGGCGACACCGGGACCUGCUCCACAGUGAGGAUCGGCACGAGGACUAUUUCCAGGAGCGGAACCGGGAGCAUGAGCGGCAUCGGGACAGGGACAGAGAGAGGGACCGGCACCACUGAGACAGGAAGUUUGGCAGUAAGUGGUUUUUAAUGGACUCGUAUCUCCUCACCUCGACCAGGACUACGUGACCGAGGCCGCUCUACACCCACCCCUGGGCCCCUUCCCCGCCACCCCCCAGCUCUCCGGGUGCCCAAGGAAAGCCGUGCCGUGCCCCGGCGGGACUCCCACCGACACCUCGUGGCCUUGGGGCCUGAGCCCUUGCCCGCACUCAACGCUGCCGCUGCUUCCUGGGGAGAGGCGGGGAGCCGGGGAACGCCUGGGCCGCCCUGCUCCGCUCUGUGGACACCCGGACCCAAAGAGAAAUGGUGCUUUUUUUCCAUGGAGAGAGGUUUGUGAGCCCUUUCAGGGGGUGGCUGGAGGGGAUGGACCCCUUGGCUUGGAGGCACACGGCUCCCGACCCCCUGCCUGGGUUCGCUGGAAGCGGUGCAGGGUCUUCUGCCACAUACCAUCCUCUGGCCUUGUCUGGAGACGCUCCUGUGCCCAUCAUCCCAGCAGUCCCAGCUCGGGACACGGUGCCACGCUCCUUUCUCUGCCCCUGCUGGAGAGGAAGCACAGCCUAUCCCCUCCGUGGGCCUGCUGUCCCUGCUCGCCCUCUCCACUCUGCCCAGGAGCAGCGUGCCGGGGCGCGGGGGCUGGGGCUGAGCUGGAGGUCGCCCAGCGUUCCCCUCCGGCUUGCCUGGCAGCAUGCCACCUCUGCGCUCACUCUCUCCCACACGUGCGGCAGGGCCCUGCGCAGAGCCAGCCUCUCCUGCAGCACCUUCCUUGUUUUAGAGGAAGUGGAAGAGGCAGGGCAGGCUGCAACACCCCCAGCCAGCUGCCCUCGGGGACCACCUGUCCCCCACGGGUGCUUGGGGUGCUGUCCCUUCCCCAGCUGUCGUCCCCCCCCCCUUUCCUGACAGGCAAUGUGGCAGUUCCACACACAGUGGCAGCUCGGUUGUGUCACGCAGGCCAGGCCAGGGGUGGUGGGGCAGGGGACUAUCUGUGCAGAGCAGUGGGCAGCUGAGCAGGAGCCCCCCCCAGCCCUGUGUCUCUCCAGGCUGUGAGGCCCCAUGUGGGUCCCUUCAGCAGGAGAGGGAGAGCCCAUGAGGGUCGGGGCGAGCUGAGGAGACGUGGGGUGAUUUCCAGGGUGGGUGUCAGCCCCAGGGGCUGCCAGCCGGGCAGUGUCACCCUCUGAACUGUUGCUGGACAGGAGAAACCCGGCUCCGGAGGUCUUUUAGGUUGAAAUGACCCACAAACAAACACAAAAAAAAAGAAAAAAAAAAUCUUGUAAAGUACCAUGAGGUGCCGGCUUAGCGGGUGACUGCUGGGGGGAGCGCUCGGUGGGAGAGUUCUGUUUUUUUACUUAACGACACAAAUUUUUAGUUUCUUUCAAAAUAGUGGGGAAAAGUGCAGAGCAAACCCCUAUUAACCACCCAGCGAGGCGCUGCCCCUCCUGCUCGCAGUGACUAGAUUUGUUUGUCUUUCUGAUAGGUUGAAAAUUGUGUAAUAAACUUGAUGACGUUGUCAAUCUUUUA